AUGGCAGAAAUGCAGAAUACACAGCUUCCCAUCCGGCAACCCGAAGGGUCCGGUGAUGCCGAAUCCAACCCCAAUCACCAACACGGCUCCCAGGUCCGCUUUUCUUCCAGAACCGAGGAGAUCCAACCAUCCCAGUCAUCAACGUCGCUGGCUCCGUCGGCUGCUUCAUCCAAACUCCAUGACCAGUCUCCCGCCUUGGAAGGCGUGAAGCCGGAGGCCCAAGAGGAAUUACGCUCAUUGGCGUCGCAUAUGCGUGAUGGCAAGACACAAGAACCGAGGUUGCCGAAUUCCACCAACUCGUCUGGCUCUGAUAAUCCUGAAACGGCCUCCUCCCGUGCGUCAAGCGUUUACAGCGGAAAGGACGCCACUGGAUCCAUUGGACUGCUCCAUCGCCGUGGCUUGCAACCUGGACUCCAUUCUCCCCCUCUAACCCCGGCCGGAUCGCAGUCACGCGAGGUCAAGUCGAGCGACGAAUCGAGUUCUACGGCUGAUCGGGCCUCGGUUCGACAUUCAGAGAUAACACCUGAAACCUCCCCUCCCGGUUCCUCCACAGAUAAGAAUUCCACACCGCAGAGCACGUCCACUUCCAGACCUUCUUCGACCGAACGACUGGCUGGCAAGCAGAGCAGCAACUCGGACGGCUCCGGUCACCAGCACGGCCAAUCGAAAUCUGACGCUUCCAAGUUUCUCGUAGGCACGACUACCGAUGCCAGUUCCGUUGAUGAUGAGAGUGCCCCGUCGACCCCCAAAGGGGAUGCAGAGUCCAAUACUCCACCUGGUGCCAUCACCCCGGUUGGGGAACCUGACGAUCCCUACUCUCGCAGCAAACGUCCUCCUCCAGCAAAAAAUCUCGCAAACCUGGAUGAGAGAUUCAUCUUCGGUGGCGUCAAUUCGAGGCGUCGUCCACAACGUUCGACUUCAUAUCAACGUCCGGCACCGCGCCAGACCGCGGCCACUGAAGUGAAGAAUACUGAUAACAAACGUUCUUUCUUUGGAGGCCGGAAAGAGCAUCAACAUCGCCACGAUAGAGCCCUCGGCGAUGGUAAACACCAUGGCUCAAUGGCUGAACUCAAGCGCUUCUUCAAGAUUGUCCCCCGCAGGCAUAAGAGGGAGCACUCCCCGAACUACGUUCCCAAGAGACCCACGAACCAAUCUGUCACGGAGUCCAUUCCGUUCGGCGAGGACCAUGGCCUCAACUCCAAGUAUGGGAAACUCGGUCGAGUCUUGGGAUCCGGAGCCGGAGGUUCGGUUCGCCUACUGCAGCGUAGCACGGACGGUGUCGUCUUUGCCGUCAAACAGUUCAGAGACCGCCACGGCUGGGAGACGAUGAAGGAGUAUUCCAAGAAGGUCACGGCGGAGUUCUGCAUCGGUUCUACUCUUCACCACGGCAAUAUCAUCCGGACCCUCGAUAUCGUUCAGGAGGGAAGCCACUGGUACGAGAUUAUGGAGUACGCUCCAUUCGACCUGUUCGCAAUUGUGAUGACGGGCCGAAUGACAAAACCCGAGGUGGCAUGCUGUUUCCGACAGAUCCUUAAUGGUGUGGCUUAUCUUCACGGAAUGGGCUUGGCGCACCGAGACUUGAAGUUGGACAACGUGGUGGUCAACGAGCAUGGUAUAAUGAAGCUUAUUGAUUUUGGAAGUGCGGUUGUUUUCCGGUAUCCCUUUGAGAAUGACAUCGUUAUGGCUUCAGGGAUCGUUGGUUCCGACCCCUACCUGGCCCCCGAAGUGUACGACGAAAAAAGAUAUGACCCUCGCUUUACGGACAUCUGGUCCUUGGCCAUUAUAUUUUGCUGCAUGACUCUGCGACGUUUCCCGUGGAAACAGCCCCGAGUCAGCGACAACUCCUAUAGACUCUUCGUCUCAACCCCUACCCCGGGCACACCGGUGCCGGAUCAUGAUUCCAAACGCAACCGACCUAAAUCGAGCUCUACUCCUGAUGCAGGCAGUGAACAGAAGCCCGCAGCAGAUGAACAUAAGGAUCCUGCUAAGGAUGAGCCCAAGGAUGCCGAACAUGACCCCGCGGCCCACGAGGAAGUCAAACGCAGUGGUUCAGGAGAACAGUCUACUCCAGAAACCGGGGAUCCCGAAAAGAAGCAGCCGCCUUCUAGUGAGGGAAAUAAGCCCCUUGAAACGCCAAAGGAACCUCAGAGGAAGCGGAGAGAAACGACGAGCAAAGAGGCGCCUCCGCUUCCACCUGGGUCUGCUCCCCCAGGGCAACGUCAGGAAGUAAUCAAGGGCCCCUGGCGACUAUUACGUAUCCUACCCCGGGAAAGCCGGUAUAUUAUUGGUCUCAUGCUCAAGGUAGAUCCCCGCGAGCGAGCAACGCUCGAUGAAAUUCUUGCCGAUGAUUGGAUCAAGAACAUUCCUCAUUGCUCUCAAGAGGUAUCGGGCAAAGUCUACAAUGCCCCCAAUCACGAGCAUGUACUCGAACCUCCGUCAUCGAGCGUUCCAGUGCCAAGCAAAGCCAAAUAA